AUGCUUCAAGCAGGCGAACACGUCCAAACGCGAAGGCUUGGUCUUAACCCCGAGUCGGUAAAUGCGUUGAGCGCGGAUGUUAAAUCACCAAGCUACUUGUCUCGUAUCAAAAAUUGGGUUCAUACUCAGAUCGGCGGCAUCCAUAUGGCAUGGAAAACGCUUCCGGCUAAACUUCCUGAGACGUCAGUGAUUCUGGGACAUACUCCUUGCUACAUUGCGUCCGUCAUAAAGAAGUUUGAUCCUGAGUUCAAGAACUUUCUACAGCUUAAACAAGAAGGUAAGAUACCAGAGAAUUCUCUUUAUCAUGACUUAACCAUAUUCAGCAAGGAGUACGAGCAAUUCACAAGCAAAGACAAAUCCAUCACAGAGCUGAUUGGAAACUUCAACAAAUUGAGAGAGAAGGAGUUGAAGUUGCCAUGGCUCUAUCGUUUUCGCUCUUUCUUUCUAGCAAGAAACGCACGUCGCCUCAUCGCGAAAGGUCUUUCCAAUGACCAAUUGAUCGAUCACCACGUAACACCUUACACGUACUUUAGCAGUAUACCGACGAAAGAUAAAAAAGCUUUGACGGGUGCAGAGUUAGAAAAGUGGUCAAAUGAGCCUAAAGUCCAGGAUUGGAUUGAGUUUACCAAGCGAUAUGACGAGCGGUAUCCUUUUCCAAAAGAGCUCAUCAUUGAAUAG